AUGCGCCUUCUCCCAAUCCUGGUCGCGGCGACCGUUGUCCCUUUAAUCUCCGCCGUCCCCGCUGGUUCAAGCAUCACCCCACCCCUACAGCUCGACCAUCCCCAGUCCGACCCACGCCGCCCAUGGACUAAAAUCCGCGACUGGGUGAUCGGCUCAAUAUGGGACUUGGAUCGCACCUGUUCUAAAUACUCCUCUCCACCAUCCAAUAUUCAUCAAAGAUAUGGGAGUGAUCUGGUUCUGCGUUUCCUGUUGCGGCAACCGGAUGAGGCCGAGGCUUUGUCGGCUGCCUCCCAGGUGCUGUUUCUGGACACCUGGGCCAUCACGUCGGAAUUUGUGGACAUCAGACUAGCAGAAGAAAUGAUCCCCUCCCUCCUGGACCUGCUCCCUCUAACCCUCCGCAGCUCGUACACCCCCCUAAUGGAUAAUCUCGCCGAUAAGAUCUACGCGUCCUAUCCCCCCCAUCGCCAUGACAAUCUUGAUUUCGGGACCGGAGGUGCUUUUGAUGGCCAGAAGACCGCGGCAAUCGGCGAUCUGUUCUUCCAGGAGUACCAACCGCUCUCUGUCAUAUCGCAAUGGAUGCGACUGAUGGCGUCAAUGUUCUCCUCACACGUACAUCUGACUAACAUCGGUCUCUCUUACGAGGGCCGCAAUAUUCCGGCAUUGCGCCUCGGGGCUCCCCCUGUAGAACCUACCACGACACCCCGCAAGACUAUCGUCAUUGUGGGUGGAAGCCACGCACGUGAAUGGAUCAGUACUUCUACCGUGACGUACGUAGCGUACAGUCUCAUCACGCAUUACGGGUACACGCCCGAGGUGACCCGACUGUUGCAAGAAUACGACUGGGUUUUGAUCCCUACCCUGAACCCCGAUGGAUACGUCUACUCAUGGGAAUCAGACCGUCUUUGGCGCAAGAACCGCCAACCAACAGGCCUCCCUAUCUGCCCUGGGAUCGAUUUGGAUCGAAACUGGGACUACGAGUGGGAUGGUGAAUCAACUCGCUCGAACCCCUGCUCUGAGAAUUAUGCUGGUGCAGAGCCAUUUGAGGCCAUUGAAUCUCAGCGUCUGGCGCACUGGGCUAUGAAUGAGACUGCGCAUGGCCGCGCUGACAUUGUAGGCUUCUUGGACCUCCAUUCCUAUUCUCAACAGAUCUUGUACCCUUACUCAUACACCUGUUCGUCUGUGCCUCCCACACUGGAGAGCCUAGAAGAACUUGCCUUGGGGCUGGCCAAAUCGAUUCGCCAGACGUCGCACGAAUCUUACGAUGUGACAUCGGCGUGUGAAGGCAUUCUCCCCAACGGUAAGAGUGGAACGGCUGGCGUGACUGCCGGUGGCAGCUCUUUGGAUUGGUUUUACCACAAACUUCAUGCAAAAUUCUCGUACCAGAUCAAGCUCCGUGACCGUGGGAGCUAUGGCUUCCUUUUGCCCUCCGAGGAAAUUGUACCCACAGGGAAAGAAAUCUUCCAAGCCUUGUUGACCUUCGGCAAGUUCGUGUGGGGAGAGGCCGAGGACUUGAAUGUUGAGAAUCUGAAUAACGAGCAAGUCCCUCUGGCGGGCAUAUGA